UACACGGACUCUACCUCAGUCUCACUUGGAAUCUCAUAGAGCAUCUAUCUCAGUCCCCCUCUCUGCUGACCCACUCUGGCCCCCAGCCUGCUUGCCCCACUCAGCUCCUCACUGGUACAUUACCCGGGUCUGUGCGCAAAAACCGAAUUUCUCAAACAUGGGGACUCACUCCGAACCUCAAACAGAAUCCAACCCGAUCAGCCUGAGAAAGGUAUCUAAACCUUUGAUGGAAAAGAAAAGAAGAGCAAGGAUCAAUGUAUCUCUGGAGCAACUCAAAGGCCUUCUAGAAAAGAACUACUCCCAAAAUAUUCGGAAGCGCAAGUUGGAGAAAGCAGACAUUCUUGAAUUGACUGUAAAAUAUCUGAAAACCCUUCAGAAUUCCAUUCAAGGAAAUCCACUGUACAGAAGUACUGAGUACCAAGCUGGAUUCCGAAACUGCCUUAAUGGAGUGAACCAAUUCCUGUUGAGAGCGGAUGAGUCAGGCCAAGCCGCCCACCUUACCCAAGACAUUGCCCGGGCAUUGCCGGCAGUAAAUACAUCUUAUUUCAGCACUAAGGACAGCGCCUCACCCCCAGCCAACACCACUCCUUACACACAGAUUUUGGCUGGAAAAAUGGGCAACUCAGUCACUGGGACCCAAACGACCAAGCGCAGGAUCGCACCAUCUGACUGUCAGUUACCUACUGACCGAUCCUCAGGACAUUUAGCAAUUCAGGGCCAUGGGCUGGUGGCACCUAGUAGCAACGGAGCCAUUAACCAAGACGUGUGGAGACCAUGGUGAACUCCUUGUUUUGAAACAAUUCAAAUAGCUCUAAGCUCUAACAGAGCUGAAUACAGGUUGUUCUUUAUAAGAAUGGAUUCUGGUAUAUACUAUGUAUAUGGAUCUUUUAAUUAUAUAUAUAUAUAUAUAGAUAGAUAGAUAUAUGCGCAAAAUGUACUUUGUUUAUACAAAUAAAUACUAUAUUUUAUCGUGUAAUAUGCUUUCUUUCCUUAAUAAAAC